AUGUCCUCAUCAGAUCUCGAGGUACUGUCAAGAUGGCGUACGAUAGGAGCCCGACGCUCUGAGGAAGUCAUCGAAUUGGGAUUGAAAUUGUUGAAAAGUGGUAAAGUGGGUGAUCAAGAAUGGGCUUUGAGGGAACAAUUGGCUAUUGCAGCUUUAGAUCUAGGUCAAAUCGAAUUAUCUCAAGAACAGAUCAAAUUACUUCAUUACAAAUUCCCCAACUCGCCCCGAGUCAAGAUAUUAGAUGGAUUAUUACUAGAGUCGCAAGGUAGAUCGGAAGAUGCUAAAGCGGUGUAUGAGGGUCUACUGAGGGUGGAUGAGACUAAUGUGUCCGCUCACCAACGUCUAAUCUCCCUCACACUCUCAUCUUCGCCCACCUCGGCGAUCCCUUUACUCCUCAAAUACCUCGAUACGUUCUACUCUGACCCUUCCGGAUGGUCUCUACUCUCCGAACAAUACUGCGAACUAGGAAUGUACACCCAGGCGUUGGAUGCGCUGGGUCAUCUAAUGAGUUUACAACCAUGGGAUGAAGGGGCGGUGAGAAGGGCGGGAGAAGUAGCUUAUACGAUGGGCGACUAUCAACUGUCCCUCAAACACCUCUUACGGUCAAUCGAAAUGCAAGGUACGAAAGAAACUAAUCCGAAUCAACGCAGAACAAGAACAUGGUGGGGUAUAAAAUUGGCCGUAUCGCGUCUCUUGGAAUCACCGAAUAGCGAAACGACCGUUCCGCCAGAAAUGCAAAGUACAGAGAAACAGUUGAAAUUGUUAGAUGAGCUGGCUACAGAGAGGAUAUUGGAGAAUGGUGGGAAUGGUGUAAGUUUGGAAGUUAAGAGGAAAGUGUUAGGUGAUGGGAAGGAUGUUGUACGAUAG